CAAUGUCCCAUUCUACGGCUAGAACCCUAAAAAACAGAGUACCUAGGUUAGGGUUCCGCCAUGGUGCGAGAGCAGUCUCAUGGGAAGCCGCCAAGGGCGGAUGGGGAAGAAUUGGAAUCAGCUAUCAGGGCUGGGAAGCGGCAAAGGGCGGAUGGGCCUGAGCGAUCGAUUCAGCAGCAGAUUGAGGAAGUGGAAUCGGAGAUCAGGGCCGUGCAACAAGCGAUUGAGCUGGUUGAGCAGAAGGUGGAGCGCGCUGACCAGAAGGUGGAUUCCACGCAGGGUGAGCUUCAGAAGCACUGGAUGGAGAAGGAGAAGCAGCUCCGUGAUGAGAAGAAGCAGCUCCGUGAUGAGGAGAAGCAGCUCCGUCAGCAGCUCAUUCCCUUUAGUGGAGUUGAUUGGUCAAACGCCCGUGAUCGGAUUGCCAAGCUGAAGGAGCUCUUUGGACCUCGUCUUAAGCAUGCCCGCAUGUACAGAAAAUGCCUUGAAAGGGAUUCAUUAUCUUCUUUGCCAACUGGCUUGUCUCUGAAGGACAUCGGGCAGCAGUUUCCCAUUGUUGGACGAGAGAAGACUGUGGAUGCAUUGCUCAGGGGUAACUGGCUGUUGUACAAGCAAUUCAUGAGCAAUCAACACACAGACUGGGAUGUGUUUAGGCGCCUCCACCAUAUAAUGGGUGUGGUUGGAUUCCCGGGUGCGGGAAAAACAUCAUUUGGCAAGGCACUCCCACAAAUACUCAUUGAGAUGAGAAGGCAACAGAGUGAUCCAGGGCUAAGGAUUCAACAACUUGCCUCGCUUUUCGAUACAUCAAUCGAUGAGGUGCGACCGUGGGAUGCCAUGAUGAGCACCGUUGAACAUCUCGACGUGGUCAUGUACCAUGAUUUUAUUUCAACUUUCAUUGGCGAGGCCGGGCUGGGUGAUGCUCAGGUUUUGGCCCUGAGGACUUUGCAUGCAGCUGUUUCUAGAGCAGAUGGCCAAGAUAACAUCAGAAAAGAUACUGGGACUUGGACGUGUUUUUUUUACCAAGAGCUUGUCGCUGUUGUUGAUGCCAAAGCACCUGAUUUGAAGAAGUUCCUCCUGUUUGAUGACGUGAUAGCUUUGUUGCGAGAAGUCUGCGAGCUCGGAGACCAAAACAUUUUCCUGUCGUUCUUCUUUGAUGAGAUUGGGAGGAACAACGUCCUUGUUCAGAAAGUGUUUCGGGAGUUCAUAGUUUGGAAGUACAGCAACGUGGGUGGCAAAACGUUUGUCACUAUGCUCGGAGCGACCAACCUUUUCACAGCGGCAUCUUUGAGAGAGAGCGGUGACACUGGAUCAUCUGAAGUGAUUUAUAUUCCUGUCAACCCUCUCAGCAGCAGCGAUCGGGAGAAGCUGGUGUUGCAAGUCUUUAACAAGGUGCUGAGGACUUCAAACCGUGAAGAACUUCACGCUUUAAAUGAUGGCAUGCAGCUGUUGUGCAAGCUGAGCGGAGGGAAUCCGAGGUUGAUUACCUUCAUGGUUCAGGCUUUGGCUUCAGAUGACCCAGACAUGGCCCUUGACAUUGACAACCUUGCGCUGAGAAUUCAGGAGCCCUUCCUGAGAGACAAAGUAAGGCGGAUUCUGGAUCGUGUGUGGAGCCUAUGCAGAAGAUUCGAGUAUUACAAUGGCUUUGCCGGGGAUGAGAGAUUUUCUUAUUUCUUACGAGCAAUUCAAGCAUCGAUGCUUCGUGAGCAUGUCUCAAGGAAUGGACCGGUUCUGCUGCAGGCCUUUCCAAGAGAGAAUGUUUUGACAUGGGAAGCUCUGGAGAGUUGUGGAGUAGUGGCUGUGGUUCUUGACGAAGAAAAGGCUCUGGUGGAGUUUUCACCUGUGUUACUGCAUAAGCUAACACUCCAGCGGGAGGACCUUUUUGGCUCUACAACUUUUGAUUUGACAACAAUGUCAACGGAUGAUUGGAAGCAGAAGGAAGACAACGAUUUGGUGUCUCUGAUCUUCAGCAUCUACAUUCAUAAGUUACUAUCGGGGGGUUCAGACACCUUCAUGCUGGCGGACGUGUUGCCUUGCGAUUGGUACAUCCCUGACAAUCUGAAGAACCGAAAGUUCAGGUUCCCCACUUUUCCAGUUUCAAUCAAGCAACUGAGUCCAGGCUCAAAGGAGGAGGUUCAAAGGUCAGGGACUUGGGCCAUGUGUGGACCUCGGAACAGCGGGGCUGAUACCUUCCUGAUACUCGAGGAAGUAAAAGGCAUUGAUUUGGAGCCAUUUCUUUUGUACAUCCAAAGCAAGUGCUCUGGAGACCCUCUUAAGCCAGCCAUUGCGGAUUGGUCGGAAGUCGUUCGAAAUGUUAAGAGUGACGUCCGAAGACUGAUUGCUAUCAAGGACAAUGAGCAGCCUGGCGAUGAAAAGUAUGCUCGAACGAACUUUGGAUACGUAUUUUUCUCGGACAAGGACAAUUCAUCAGCUCUCUCAUAUCAAAAGUCUAAUCCGAUGGAUAUAUACGCCUCGAGUGUUAUUAUCGGCUCCAAUUUUGGUAUGAUCGAGCAGAUUGCAGCUGUAAGGCAUACCAAAAAGUGUACGAGAGAGAUGUGAUCACCAGUAUUUAGUGGUAAAGGAGGCUUUCCAGGUGACUGGAUUCUCUAUUGGUGACAGUAAGGGAAACGGCAUAGAUAAUGUGUUGACGUUGAGUGCACAACAAUCCAUAUUUAAGUUUAUUUAAGAAAUUUAGUUUAAAAAGUCAUAAUUAUUAUUAUUUCAGUUAUUUUAAAUUCAUGUAUAGUCAUAUAUAGUAAAUCCAUAUAUAUGUAUUUAGCCUGA